AUGGCGGUGACCGCGGCGUUGAACGGCGUCGGGCUGGUGCUGCAGAUCCCGGCGAUCUUCGCCUUCGUCGCCGACUCCGUCGAGGGCGCCAGUAGGGGCAUGGCGUUCGGGUGGCUCGCGGUGGCCGGGAAGGCCGGCACCGUGGCCGGCACCUCCCUCGGCCUCCUCAUGGCGCCGACCUCGUUCUUGGGGCUGCCCGGCUGGCGGCUCGCCUUCCUUUUGCUCGGCGUCUUGGGCGCUGCGGUUGGUGUGUCCAUCCGCGCGUUCGCCGCCAGCGAUGCCGCAAGAGGCCGCGUGGUGACCCCGGCCGCCGUCAAGCCGGUGCGGGAGGAGCUGCAGGAGUUCGCCAGGGAGGCCAAGGCCGUGAUGCGGGUCCCGUCGUUCCAGGUCAUCAUCGCGCAGGGCCUCACCGGGUCGUUCCCCUGGUCCGCGCUGCAGUUCACGGCGAUGUGGCUCGAGCUCGUCGGGUUCUCCCACGGCGAGACGGCGGCGCUGAUGACGCUGUUCAAGGUCGCCACGUCGCUGGGCGCGCUCUUCGGCGGCAAGAUGGGGGACGCCCUCGCCCGGCGGUUCAGGAACUCGGGCCGCAUCGUCCUCUCGCAGAUCAGCUCCGGCUCCGCGAUCCCCCUCGCCGGCGUCCUCCUCCUCGCCCUACCCAACGACCCGUCCACCACGGCCAGGCACGGCGCCGCGCUGUUCGUCCUGGGGAUCAUGGCCUCCUGGAACGGCACCGCCACCAACAGCCCGAUACUGGCGGAGAUCGUCCCGCCGCGAGCGAUGACGACCGUGUUCGCGCUGGACCGGACGUUCGAGGCCGUGCUCGCCUCGUUCGCGCCCCCGGUGGUCGGCAUGCUCGCCGAGCGCCUGUACGGCUACAAGCUAGCGCGCUCCGCAGCGGGCGGCGGCGGCGUCGACGCCGCCGACGUCGAGAUGGAGCGGCACAACGCGACGUCCCUCGCCAGGGCGAUAUACACCUCCAUUGCCGUGCCCAUGGCGCUGUGCUGCGCCAUCUACUCGUUCCUGUACUGCACGUACCCCAAGGACAGAGAGGUGGCGCGGGCUGAGGCGGCGCGAGAUAGAGGGGGCCACGGCGGUGAAGGAUCUGACACCGAGGAUGAAGAAGGCGACGGCGAGAGGAAGCUGCUGCCGCAGUGA